AUGAUUAUCCCUGGAGUUAAUGGUCCCGGAAAUGACAUUGACAUCUACUUGCAACCUCUAAUCAAGGAGCUGAAGCAACUAUGGGUUGGUCUUCAGACAUAUGAUGCAUCAAGGAAACAGAACUUCAAUUUGCGAGCUGCUCUAAUGUGGAGAAUAAAUGAUUUCCCCGCUUAUGCAAUUUUAUCUGGUUGGAGAACGAAGGGAAAGUAUGCUUGCCCUUGUUGUGCUGCAAAAACAGCAUCGAGAUGGCUAUCCAAUGGACAAAAGUUUUGUUAUAUGGGACAUCGGCGGUGGUUAGCUAAAGAUCAUCCAUAUAGGCUCCAAAAACAUCUAUUUGAUGGUACUUUAGAGCUACGUGAGGCUCCUUUAUCUACAAGUGGGUCAAACAUCUUGUUGAUGUUAAAUGAUGUGCAAUAUAGUUAUGGGAAACGAAUAAAACAAAGGCUAAGAAAAUCAAAGGCUUCUAGUAGCUCAAAGAAAAGACAGAGGCAAGAAUCCAAUUUUCAAGAAGAUAGUGUCAUGGACAAGGAAGAAGAUGAAUCACAAGAAGCAGAUUUGUGGAAAAAGAGAAGUAUAUUUUUUGAUUUACCAUAUUGGGAGCAUCUCCUUAUGCGGCAUAAUUUGGAUGUGAUGCACAUUGAGAAGAAUGUUUGUGAAAAUAUUAUUGGAACCUUGCUUAAUGUUGAUGGGAAAUCAAAAGAUAAUUUGAAAGCCAGACUUGAUUUGGUAGAUAUGGGAAUUCGUCAUGUUCUUCAUCCUGAAUAUCUUCCUAAUGGAAGAACAAGGUUGCCUCCUGCUAUUUAUUCAAUGACAAAAGGGGAGAAGGAUGUGUUUUGCCAAGUCUCGAAGAACAUUAAAGUUCCGGAUGGUUAUUCCUCAAAUAUAUCAAGAUGUGUGAACCAAAAGGAACGGAAGCUACAUUCUCUAAAAUCACAUGAUCAUCAUAUACUACUCCAUGAUUUGCUUCCAAUUGCUUUACGCUUAUCAUCAUCAAAACAAGUGAUGUGUUCCAUUUCCGAGCUUUGCAAUAUAUUCAAAAUUCUUUGUGGUAAGGUUCUCAACGUUGAAGAGCUCGACAAACUUCAAUAUCGAGCAUCGAUGGUUUUAUGUCAAUUAGAGAAGAUUUUUCCACCAUCUUUCUUCACUAUAAUGGUCCAUUUGCUUAUUCACCUUCCAUUGCAAGCCAAACUUGGUGGACCUGUCCAUUACCAAUGGAUGUAUCCAAUUGAACGGUUCUUGUUGAAGUUAAAGAACUAUGUGCGGAACAAGAGAUAUCCUGAAGGUUCUAUUGUCGAAGGUUAUUUGGCAGAGGAAUGUGUGACCUUUUGUUCCCGAUAUCUGGAAGAUGUUGAAACAAUAUUUGAUAAACCAUCAAGGAAUUUGGGAGAAGUUCAUGAUGAGGCACUCGGGGGAACUUAUUUAUUUCAUAGUCAUGGACAACCAAUACGCCAAUUUGAAAUUACAGAAUUAGAUGCUAAAUCAUUGGCACAAGCACAUCGAUAUGUCUUAUUACACCAUGACGUUACUGUCACACUACAAUCUGAGUACAAGAAUAUCUUAAGACAACAAAUGCGUGCACGCCGUUCAACCGCUCGUGAUGUUGAUAUGCAAUUUACUAAGACCUUUCAUGAAUGGUUGGCCGAAGUUGUUUCUCGUGGAAGAAAUGUGACCGAAGAAGUUAGGUUCCUUGCACAAGGACCAAACCGAAUUGUUAAGCGAUACAAAGGAUAUAUCAUCAAUGGAUUUCGCUUCCAUACCAAAUCUCGUGAGAGAUUAAGGAGGACUCAAAAUUCCGGAUGUGUUGUUACUUCUUCAACAGCUGAUGUUACUAAUAGUCGGGGUAUCAAGAAAGAUAAAUAUGGAUUUACCAUGGUGAAUUUUUCUAGAUUAAUCCAUACAGGUGCCAAUGUCAUUGAUGAGCCUUAUGUAUUUUCAUCACAAGUGAAGCAAGUAUUCUACAGUAAAGAUCUCACCGAAUCUGGAUGGUAUGUUGUGAUACGCAAUCAUGCUAGGGAAGUGUAUGACAUGGGUGAUGAAUCGACAGAAAGUGGUCCUCGAACUGACUGUUUUCCUACUAGUAGUGAAGGCAUUUUAUCUUCUAACGAUGAUGAGCAAUGGGUUCAUGAAGAUGCCAAUGAGGAUGUAUAUGCGGCUUAA